UAAAUGCUACUGUGGCACAUACACAAGUUAUCAUGAUAUAUAUUACAUAGAUUACGUUUGCUUACGCAACCAACAAGUGAAAUACUAUUGCUAUAACAGCUGGUUCUGUGAUACCGAAAUUGAUCCGAACUUAAUUGUCUGUCUGACUAUCAUUUCGACGAUUUAACCGUGUUUGGAAUCUCUGCUUCCCAUUUUUUAACGCUGGCGAGUAGGGUAUUGAUUAAUUGCUAACACAGGCAAUCGUUCUAAUGUUUCGUAUUUUUCUGUGAUGGAGAACUGCUUCUUUUAGCCAAAAAUAAAGAAAAAAACCGCUUUACGUUUUCUACAAAAAAUUAUACAAUAAUAUAUUGCUCAGUUCUUAAAAUCAAUCAAAAAAAAUUGUAUUUUCAUUUAUAAUAUUGGUAUGAGAUAUUAAAUUCAUAUUAUGUGGUUUUAGCAUGAAAAGUGGCCAUAUGCGACAUACAUGGCUUAAUAAUUUAUAUGAGAAUUAUAAAAAAGAGAAUUUAAUUAGCCGCUUGAUUCCGACACAUGUUUACUCAUUAAAGGACGAACAUAAAAUACAUCUGUAUGACGUAUUACACAAAUUUGUUGUGUAACAUGUCUAAUCAAAAUACUUCAAAACAACUUUGUUAAGCACAUUUAGCGAAAUUGUUGUAGUAGAUGUAAAACAGAGUUUUUAUCCUAUGAGGAUGCAUAUUUUCUCCUUCUAGCUAGAGGGAGACCCAUAAAGAGUUGUGCCAUAAAAAUUAGUAGUUUCAUUUAAGAUAAUUUUGGUAACAAAGGGCAAAAAAGAUUGAUGUUCCUUCGUAAAUUCCUCUGAAUUUAAAUUAAUUAAUCCGAUUUUGGGAUAUGGCACUGAAUUUACAUAAUUUCAAGAAACAAUUAUUCCUCUAGUAUGAGAGUGUAAUUUCACACCUACCAAUUAAAUAAACUUCAAUUUCGGUUUGUGUUUGAGAAUUAAUCUAAUUCGGUACAAGAACUUAUAAUUAAAGUCAUAAAUGAACAAAGCAUAUUAAAUUGAGAACACUGCUUCAAGUUUCAGCAACAGGAAGUCAAGAUCGUAGGUAAUCUGAAAAACAGAAUGUUGGUAACUCUAUACGAUAUAAUAUGCUAUACUCUUAAUAGUUUGUCAAUUUUUUUUGCUAAAAGUUCAAUAAGUAAUUAAAAAAUAGGAAGAAAAGUGUACUCCAGUGUAUUUUCAAGUUGAAUAUUGCAAAAGUUGAAGAACGAUAAUUCAAAUAGUAGACGAAUAAUUGCGUUUCGUUGUAUACGAUGGCAGCAAGCUAAGGUUGGAAUAAACCAUACAACCGCCAUUUUAAGAUUCUCAAUUGGUACAUGCACAACACAGAAUUGUGUUGCUUGAUAAAUUACCAGUGGAUAUUUUUUUUUGUCGUUUGCAAUAAAAAUGUCUUUAAGCAAAACAGUGGGCAGUCUUAAUAAAGGCAAUGCAAAAGAAAAAUCUACAUCUAAAGAGUCGAAUAACUUAGUUGUUCGUAUAGAUCAAGAUUCCGAUAAUAAUUUGCAAGCAUUAUUUGAUAGCGUAUUAAAUCCGACAGAGUCAAAAUGUCCACUUCAAGUGCCUUUCCGAAUGCGUCAGCUCCCAGAGUCCUUCUUUAAACCACCUGCAACUGCAUCUCGAUCGCCUUCCGUUGCACAUUCACGAGCAAAUAGUGCUGAUUCUGCUUACGACACUGGCUCACAACCGAAUGUUAGCCAAGGGAAUAUAUCAACGAGCUCUGUUGCCGCAGUUCCAGCGACAAUAACGCAACCACAAGUAACAGCGAAUAGACUCUCAAUUUCUCAUUCGCGUGCGCAUAGUAGCCCAGCUUCGCUUCAACAAACAUACAAUGUACAUAUAGGAAAUGUAAUGGAAACGAGUGCAUGCAUUCAGGAUGGAAUAGGACCUGUUUUUACUACAGGAGCCGUCCCAUUUCCUCCUGGCGUUAAUGCUGGUUCAGCAGUCCGAAUGGAGCAAGGAGAUCAGCCAGUGCCUAAGGAUGCCCCAAAUACAAUUCAGACAUUUCAUAUGAAACAAAGAUCUUAUGAUGUUGUCAGUACUAUACAAUUACAAAAUGAACUAGGACCAUUGCCUCCGGGAUGGGAACAAGCUAAGACUAAUGAUGGUCAAAUUUAUUAUUUAAACCAUACUACAAAAUCAACGCAAUGGGAAGAUCCGAGAAUUCAGUUGAAGCAGCAGAUAUUUCAAGAUGGUCUUUCUCAUAAUGUUAAUUUAAAGAGCAAAGAAUCUGUUAAUUUAGCUGAUAACUUGGGUCCUCUUCCAGAGGGAUGGGAACAAGCUUACACAGAAUCUGGAGAUGUUUAUUUUAUUAACCACGUAAAUCGAACAACCUCGUGGAAUGAUCCCCGAAUACCCGAUUUUUUGCAAAAACCGGUGAAAUCGCAAAAGCCCGGUCCAUCUUGGCUGAACAUCCAACAUAUCGAAAAGGAGCAGGAUUAUUUUAAACCAAGUUCUGAGCAGAGUUCUUUGACUAGACAAAAUGGCAGUCUUCAAAUGGACCCAUUUUUAUCCGGUGACAAUCAUGCACGGCAGGAAUCAAGUGAUAGCGGUUUGAGUUUGUCUUCAAAUACGUUUUCCACCACAGCGGAUUUGAUGCCGAAUAUUGAUGAUAGUAUGGAUUGUAUAAGUGAAUCAGGUAGCCUAAAUGCCUUAAGUGGCAUAGAUUGCCCAGAUAAUCUUGUAUCUUCACUACAGCUUGAAGAUAAUAUUUGCAAUGAAAUGUUCAGUGAUGUUCACAGCAUGUUGAAUGCAUCUGCAACGAAGCCUGAUACUUUGGACUGGUAUAAAAUAAAUUAAAAUUUAGAAGAGCCUGAAAUAUAUAUUUAUAACAAAGUAUCGAACGUUUCGUCCUUUUGGAUUAUACAAGUUUUAUCCACAUAAUUUCAGCGGUAAUCAACUGAUGUUAAAUUUUAAGAAUAGUUGGAAAAUAAAUAUAUCUUUAUAACAAAAUUGAAUUGAAGUAAGUGUAUUGUACAUUUAAUUUUGAAUAAAAAGAAAAAUAAAUGAGCUGUCAAAUUAUCAGACCCCGA